AUGAGCCGCUUAGCACCACCGUUCCAACUUCCUAGAAUACCAUCCGGAGCGACGAUACCGACCGAGAAGCAGCAACAAGAUUAUACCCUCAAUGAUAGCCCGCCUCAGCAGCAUAGCAGGAGCUUAAGUACUGCUUCGCACGAGUUACAAAGACCCUCGAACGAGUCACAGCAAUCUUUAUCAGUUGGCAAGCGAUCCUUUAAUGCCAAAAGCACAGCAGUUGCCGCAGCUAUGGCAUCCCACCCAAACAUCUCGAGGUUUACCGAAAGACUCCUCCGCGCCUCCGAGAACCACUCCUUACUGCAUGGCAUAUUGGCCGACCCCGAGUCUAGAAGAAUAUUCUAUUUCAUGUUCCUGAAUUUGGCUUUCAUGGGCGUACAAUCAACCUACGGUUUCCUUACAGGUUCUUUAGGUCUGAUUAGUGACAGCAUACACAUGUUCUUCGAUUGCGUUGCUCUGCUGGUUGGAGUAUGUGCAGCUGUCAUGAGCAAAUGGCCUCCGAGCACCAAAUUUCCUUACGGCUACGGCAAGAUCGAUACUCUGGCAGGAUUAGGAAAUGGUAUUUUCCUUAUGCUGAUAAGUGUGGAAAUCGUUUAUGAAGCUAUAGAGCGCUUAUUCGGCGGCUCCGAAGUGCAAAGGACGACUGAACUGCUGCUCGUGAGCAUAGCUGGACUAGCUGUCAAUUGUGUCGGCAUUUUUGCUUUCCACGGACACCAUGGACAUCACCAUGGCCACGACCAUGAGCACCAUCACCAUGGAGGCGAGAAUAUGGAGGGUAUCUACCUCCAUAUCAUGGCCGACGCACUCGGUUCUGUGGCCGUCGUCAUAUCUACCCUGCUGGUACAGUUCACAGGCUGGAGUGGUUGGGAUCCGCUGGCUUCGUGCAUUAUUGCUGUGCUGAUUUUCGCUUCAACUAUACCUCUUGUCUUGAGUACGACGAAAAUUCUUUUGCUCUCCCUCGACUCGAACAUCGAGUACAAUCUACGGGAUGUCCUAGGUGGCAUAACCUCGAUAAGAGGCGUAGCGGGAUACACUGCACCAAAAUUCUGGCUGGCAGAUAUCAAGAAAGAUUCGCACGACCACGACCAUCAUCACCAUGAUCACGACCAUGCCCACUCCCACGACCACAGCCACAGCCAUCAGCACUCCCACGACCACGACCACGACCACCACGAUCACCGUGCGCACACCCAUCCUCACCAACACGAUCACGCCACAAAGUCAAAUUGCUCGCAAGACCACACCUCCUCCGAACCUCACUCGCACACCCCCUCGCCCCACCCAACCAUCCUCGGCACCAUCCACGUCCAAAUAUCCCAGUACGCCGACACGCGAGACGUCCAGUCCCGCGUAUCCGAAUACUUCCGCACCCGCAACAUGGAUAUCGUAGUCCAGUACGAGCGCGAAGGAGACAACAAAUGCUGGUGUGCUGCAGGCAGGAUCUCGACACCGAAGACGGGAGGGAUGAAGACGCCUGUGACGGGGAGUUUCAGUGCGGGCUUUCCGAGUGGGUUUAUGGCGCAGCAGCAAAUUGGUGGUAGUGGGGGUGGAGGUGGGACUGGGAGUCCGUUAAAGGAGAGUUCGACGUUGAAGAUGUUAUGA